AAAAUAACUGAUGGAUUGGAGAAACAAAUUAGAGCUAAUUUAAAACAAAAUAAGAGGCUAAUUACAUGCUCGUAAAAUAGAUGACUUAGAAGGAGUUUACUAAUUAAUGUCAGAAUUUGAUAAAGACAAUUCUGGUAUAAUAAUGUGUAAAAUUAGGUUAUUUGGACAAAGAUGAAUUCUAAAAGUUUCUUUCCAAAAUAGGUGUCUUUCUUACAACUCAAGAAUUAAGAGCAGUUUAUGAUAAAUAUGAUUCAAAUAAAGAUGGAAAUAUAGCUUAUGCCGAAUUUGUUAAUUUAAUAAGAGAAAAUAUGAGUGAAAGAAGAAUUAGUGUUGUUAGAAGCACUUUUGCAUUUCUUGAUCAAUAAAGAUAAGGAAGACUUCUAUUAGAUAGCUUAUAUAGACUUUAUUAAGCAAAAAAUCAUCCUAGAGUAAGAACUAGAUAAAAGACUGCAGAUCAAGUUACAAAAGAAUUUGUUAAUGCUAUAUCAAAAAGAAGUAAAGAUGGACAAAGUAUAUGUGAAGAAGAAUUCUUAAAUUAUUAUGCUGAUUGUAAUGCAACUCUUCCUAGUGAAAAAGAAGAAUAUUUUACAGAUGUAUUUUUGCUUAUAUUUAUAUUUAGUUAUUAACUUCUACUUGGGGAGUUACUUCAGGUGCAGAUUAUGUUUCUCCAGAAAGAUUAGCCUAAUUAGAAAUUAUUUUAUUUGAAAAAAUUAGAUAAAAAACUGUUACAAAAGAUGAUGAAGGUAAAACAGCCAAAAAAGCCUUUAUGUAUUUUGAUUUGGAAAAUAAAGGAACUAUUGAUAUUUAUUAAUUUGCAUAAGCUCUUUAAAAAUUUGGUUGCGUUUUUAGUGAUAAAGAGAUUCAAGCAUUAUUUAAUAAAUAUGAUUCUGAUAAAAGUGGAAGAUUAUGUUAUGAUGAAAUAUGUGGAUUAAUUGCUUUAAUGGGAUCAGGAAAUAAUGCUAAUGUCAAUCCAGUGUUUUAAAUUGCAAGAGCUCCUCCUUAAGAUACAUUAAAUAGAAUAAGACUAGAUCUAAUAAAGAAAGGAUAACAUUCAGUUAUUAGAAUGUCUACUAUAUUUGCUAAUUCUGACAAAAAUAAAAAUGGAACAUUAAAUAGAUAAGAAUUCUAAUGGGCUAUGAAGGAAUCCGGAUUUUUAUUAACCAAGACUGAAUAUGAUAAUCUUUUUAGAUAUUUUGAUAAGAAUUGCGAUGAUGAAGUUUCAUUUGUUGAAUUCAUUAGUUUCUUAAGAAGUAUAAUCUUAUAUAUAUUUAAGAACCAUUAAAUUAGUCUAGAACUGAUCUCGUCAAUUAAUUAUGGAAUAGAAUAUCAAAUGGAUAACCUUCAUUAACAAUUUAGUAACUUAAAUGUAUUUUAAAUAUUUAUUAAUUAGAAUUUUAUGAUCCUUCUAAAAGUUAAGAUGUGAUUACAGGAAUUAAAACUGUUGCUGAUGCUACCAAAGACUUUAAUGAUCUAUGGAAAGAUGUAUAGGCUAUUACUUAAUAAUAAUUUAUUGAUUAUUUGACUGAUAUUAGUGCUCUUAUAGAAAGUGAAGCAGCUUUUGAGAAAUUCAUCAGAAAUUCAUGGAGAUGAAUAUAAAAUAAUAAUAU